AUGUUGAGUGCAGCAGAAUUUAAGAAACGACUUCACGGAUGGCUGAGCUAUGCUUUCGCAAGCGAAGUAUUCGUCAUCGUAUCGUUGACACUGUUUUUACCGAUAUGUCUGGAGCAAUUUGCACGAGAUAACGGAUUUCUACUGCCCGACAGAACGACACCAUGCUCAACAGUGGCAAAAAAUCUGCACGUGAAUGAUUCCUCUGAGAGAUGUGUAGUGAAACUCGGAUUUCUGUGGAUAGAUACCGCUAGCUUCAGUCUCUACGUGUACUCGAUAUCCGUCGCACUCCAAGCAUUGACGGUGAUUUCUGUGGGAGGCAUCGCUGAUAAUUCGGCCCAUCGCAAACGGCUUCUCCUUACCUUUGCCUUACAGGGAGCUUUCGCCGCAGUUCUCUUCCUGAUACUACCAUCAUCUUCGCCGUUAUGGUUUCUCUCUGCAUUUCUGGCAAUAUGCGCUAACGUAGGGUUUGGUGUUUCUGUCGUUGCCAUGAACGCAUAUUUGCCAUCUCUAGCAAGGGACUCGCCGGAGGUGGCUGAGCUGUGUUCACAACUUGAGACCAGCCAGGAUGCCGAAGACUCGGAUCUUGUUGAUAAUGGUCGUAUCGCAUCUGAAGCGCACACCGAAGGCAUUGAAGAGCCCCUUAUAUCAAGGAACCGAGCGGAAAGUUCAGAACUACGAGUUCGCUAUGACAACGAGCUUUCUCGGGCUACCUCUCGUAUCUCAUCCCUGGGCAUAGCUCUUGGGUAUGGUGCUGGCAUAUGUCUAUUGCUAGUAGCCCUGAUACCUGUGACGAAGCUCAAAGGUAGCACCUUCUCCCUCCGUUUAGCCAUCGGAUUGAGUGGAAUAUGGUGGGCCGUCUUUUCAAUUCCCGCCGCUGUGUGGCUGCCUGGUCCGACUGCUUUGGCAACCUCGGAAGCCUCUGAGAGUGCUAUAUGGAUCGAUAGCUCGGAUAUCACUGACGGUAAAUGGAGCAUACGAACCGAGGUCGUCGCAGCCUGGAAACGCUUAGGUGGUAUGCUACGCUGGCAGGAAAUCAAGAAACUCCGCAACACAUUCAAGUACUUGGCGGCGUGGUUUUUGCUUUCUGAUGGGUUUACGACUAUAACCUCCACUGCAAUUCUUUUUGGCAAAACGUCGUUGAAUAUGCAGCCUUCAGCGCUCAUAUUGAUCGGAGUGUUGACGCCAUGCGCUGGGAUACUUGGAUCUCUGUUAUGGCCUAUGAUCCAGCGCAAGUUUCUGUGGUCAAACCUCAAAAUUCUCAUCAUCCUUGUCAUCCUUUGCUCCGCCAUACCUGCGUACGGAUGCCUUGGAUUUGUCUUUCAGGGUAGGACAAGGUUUGGUGGACUGACGUCUCAAGGAGAAAUGUUUGGUUUGGCCGUCUAUUUUGGCUGCGUAUACGGUGCUUUUCAGAGUUAUGCCCGUGCCUUUUAUGCCGAACUUCUCCCUCCCGGGGAAGAGGCCCGAUGGUAUGGACUUUUCUCCAUUACUGAUAAAUCAAGUUCUUUUGUCGGGCCCCUUUUUGUUGGUGUCAUAGCUGACAUGACGGGCAAUAUUCGCUACGCGUUCUUCUUCCUGGUAUUUAUGAUCUGGGCUGCUGUACCUGUAUUAACGAGCGUGGAUGUUGAGCGCGGUCGAAAGGAUGCGAGAGAAUAUCGGUAUUCGUAUGGAUCAAGAGAUGGGCUGAUCACACGCUAA